AACGUCAGCACGUGUUUACUAUUUGUCAGAUUUGGACUUUCGACUCCUUGGUGGCGCCUCUAAAAGUAAGAAUACACUGGACAACAAUGGUGAAGAUUUUCAUUGGUAACCUCUCUCAGCACGCUGGGAAGGAUGAAGUUGAGGCUCUGUUUAACCAGUAUGGCAAAGUGACAGAAUGUGCCAAGUACAAAAACUAUGCUUUUGUCCAUAUGGAAGACCGCAAAUCUGCUACCAAAGCCAUCCGUGAGCUCCAUCUGUAUAAGUUGAGUGGUAGGCCCAUCAAUGUGGAGCUGAGCAGAGGGAAGAACCAGUCCCCCCCUGUUAAGCUCCACAUUGCCAAUGUAGAAAAGGGAUCUGAUGAAGAGCUCCGCGCUCUCUUUGAAGAGUACGGCACAGUCACAGAGUGCUCCAUUGUGAAGAACUUUGCCUUUGUGCACAUGGCCAAUCAUGAGGAGGCCAUGGAUGCCAUAAAAGGCCUGGACAACACAGAGUUUCAAGGAAGUCGCAUACAUGUUCAGAUAUCAAAAAGCAGACCCAGAGGGGCACCCGAGGAGGAGGACUAUCCACCUCCGCCAGGCAGAGGAGGCUAUUAUCCUCCUCGCUACCCAGGGGAGAGGCCUGAGCCUCCCUACAGAGGCCACAUGUCCGCUUACCCUCCUCCGCCUCCGCCACCCCCUCCUCCGAGACGGGCACUCUAUCCUGCGCGUGGCUAUGGCGAACAAGACAGCUACGGGCUGGUUGAUUACUAUGAGAAAUACAGAGCCCGUCCUUACAGUGCCGAGGGCUAUGAUGAUAGGCGUGCCAUCCCCCCUCCUCCUCCUCCUCCCUCAGCACUGGUUAGAGAACGUCUUGGAAUGGGGUCCCUUGACCCAUAUGAACGCCGCCCGCUUCCACACGCUCCUCCAUCCUACAUGGUCAGGGACCGAAGCCCCAUCAGACGAGCCCCCCUUCCACCUGCUCCGUCAGCCGGUAACGGGUACUCCUAUGAGCGGUCCCGGCUCUCUCCAAUGUCCAGAGUUCCAAUGUAUGCAGCAGCUCCCCGCCCCAGGGACUCCUUUUCAGACAGAGCGCCGCCACCACCACCACCACCUCGCUAUGCAGGCUAUUAGGCACCCGAGUGUAAUAGAAGGUGAGAAAAGAGAGAAGAUGUUUCAUGACAUCAUAAGCUACACAGAUAAACCAUGAUUGAAAAAAAAAUUCAAAUGAAUGUGUACCGAAAUGAAUAAGAACUGAAUCCGUAAAUUGAGAAAGAAUCACGCUUUAAAUUAUCACCAUUAUGUUGAGCCUUAAUUCCUGCAGAUCUAGCUCAGCUAAUACAUCAAUAUACAAACAAACUUUGCUGGUAGACUCCUAAAACAUUGCUGCUUUAACGUCAAAAAUCAGUCUUGCGCGAUUCCUGAAUAAAAUGCGCUCCUUGACAUGUGUGGUGUGCUCUCUUUUCAGGUUUAGAAUAUGACAAGAUCGUCGUCGUCUGCUGAUGCAUGUGGUGCUAUACACCCUCCUUGUCUAUGGCGGAUUGCGUUGCGUUCGCCUGAGACUUACUGGAAGAUACUGAAUUGCGGAGAGCCCCGUACUUUAAAACAUAGGAUUCCAUGUCUACAGUUCACGUAUUCAUCUGAGCUGUUAUGCCUUUUCUGUUCCUCUGCUUGAUUUACUGUUUAAAGUGUUUUUCAGAAUAGGAUGCUGGUUUAGGUGCCUUAAUCUACUCCAGUGUGAUGCAGUGCUGCAAAACUUAGUCUUUCUAAAUGAAUAAGGCCUCUGGGAAACUGAUAUAAUAUUAUAACAAGGGAAGAUCAUUGUGUUCAGACUAAGGUUGGUGGGUGAUCACAAAAUGUUCAUCAAAAUCAGUUUAAAAAAUCAGUGUAGAAGUGCUUUAAUAUAAUCCUUGGUGUGGCAGGUUGUACAAUAAUCUCUUAAGAUUUGCGACACAUGUUAGCAUGACAAAUCAAAAGUUUCAGUGUGGUUUUGUUCUUUUUACACUUUGUGUUUAUCUUUUCUUGCGAAAACAGAAUCUAUAGCACCGUUAUGUAUGAUUUUUAUUCACUUCACAAGUUGCUUUUUAUUUGAAAGCUUUUUAAAUAAACGACUGAAACCAAAAAUGGCGUUUUAACUGUCAAAUUAUUCCACCCUGGGUAGGCCUUUUUAGCCCAAAGACUUUAUUCUCCAGAUCAGUUAUAUGUAGUAAUACCCAGGUGUUUGACUCAUAACACGCUUUCAGUUUAAUUCUCCACACCCUUGAGUUAUCAGCUUGACACAUGGUAGGUAAGCAAACUCAAAUAUGAACAAAAAGUCAACUUUGCUCCUGCCUUCCCCUUGGAAGACCCUAAAAGUUAAUACAGGAAACCCAGGAGUAACCAAACCGUCAAGUUUGCUUCUGUUUGCUAUAUUCUCCUGUGUCUACACGGACGUAUCUAAACUGCGUCCAUCGGCUGCUGUGCGUAGUCCCUUGUUCCUGUCCCUCAGCGUCUGCAUUUCCUACCUUGUGUCGAGCCAAUCAGAGUGGUUUCCUAGAAGUAGAACAAUAAUUAACUGAGAUUUGCACUGGCCCAUGUUUCUGUCUUCUUGCGACGAUUGUUCUGAAGUCUUGAUUUGCAUUCUUCAUUUCUUUAUCACAUUAUGUAUUGGUCACACUUUGCAUUACUGCUUUAACUCUCAAUAUUUAUGACCUGCGUAUAUGUAUCACAAAUUGCAUGCAGGCUUGGUAUUCUUAGUAUUUGUGCUCUUUGUAGGUUGUUAGACUCUAUGCAAGAGAUGUCAGCUCAUGGUAAGUCAUCCUCAGAAGAUAUCCAGCUUCCCGAAGAAAAGAGGUAGAUAUUGUUUAAACCAUACUGCAUACACACCUACCUAAGUCCUCAUUGGAAAAAGGGAAUUUUUAUCACAUUCUUAACACUUAAUCCUUUUAACAUUUUCCUCUUUUUUAAUUUGGUAAAGCAAAUACUUGAGCUUGUACUUCAUUUUUAAAUCAGUUGCAUUAAAUUUGGACUUAAACAAUUUCAGGAAAUUAUUGAAAAGUUGUAGUGUAGUAUUGAUAAUGUAAACUAGGUAUGAGAUAAUGGAAAACUGAUAGAAAUGUUUUAUUUCAUCAGUGAUGAGUGGGAUCUCUGACCCUGUGUCUGCGUUCACAGGCUCGUCUCUGCUCUGGCGACGAUAAAGGGGUCUUGACGUGUAUUCACAGGACUCUGAGCAUCAUGGGAUCCGACGGGGCUGCGGUUAAAGGAAGUGGAUUUUGUCCGGUUUUGGUCUGUUGUUUGGAGAACUGGAGUAAAUGGCCCAGCGCAGGAAACCUGCAUGAUGCAUCUUCGUGCCUUGCAGCUGAUGACACCAAAACAAUGGGGUUGGACUCAGUCCUAUAGGACUCUCAAACUUGAAUAAAGCUUGAUCCCAUCCGUAAAUGGGACACCACAAAGUGCUUUACGAGGGAAGCCAAAUUCACCCAUUUACACACGUUCAUGCAGCGCUUUUUCCUACAUAUAGCACUUUUCUACCAUACACACACUCGCACAAUGAUGACACGUCAGGGGCAACUCGGGCUUCAGUAUCUUGCUCAAGGACACUUUGAAAUGCAAACUGGAAGAGCUGGGAAUCCUGAGCCACACAUCUCACCCGACAAAGGCCCUGUGACCUCUCACCUGAAAAACGUAGUGUAACCAUUGUAACUGAGUUUUGAUACAGUCUUUAAGGCCUGGAAUAUUUCCUUGAAAACUAUGCAUGACUUUGUAUUUACAACUGUUAAAUAUAAUUUACUAUUAUCUUUAUUUUUGUGUACCUACAACUCUUUCAUACACUGUAUAUUACAGUUUUUUUUUAACAUGGAUAUAGACUUUUGGUAUGCCCUUUCAGAAUAAAAUGUUUAAACAUGAUAAGAAGGUUGUUUGUC